AUGGUAAACAUCCUACAAUAUAACAUUCAAAGUCUAGCUAACAAUAAGUCUGAAAUUGAAUACUUUGCUAAUACUCACGGCUAUGACAUACUAUCCCUACAGGAAACUUUCGCUUUUAACUCGUCCCAUCAUUCUCGUUACCUGAAAGGUUUUAACCUUAUGUACAAAUUCAGAGAGGAUAACUAUGGUGGAGUUGCCCUUGCAUUUGGCAAAGGCAUAAAUGCCAGGCCAAUAACCUAUGAUACCGACAUGAACAUCAUUACCGCUAAGACCCUGAAUCUUACUCCAAACAUCACCAUUGCCUCCAUAUACGUGCCCCCGCAUACAACUACGACUACUUUCAAGGUAGAACUAGACAAGCUAUUUCAAUUUCUGAGCAAUACCGCAAACACAAUAAUAACGGGCGACCUAAAUGCCAGGUCAUUUAUACUUGGGGAUUCCAUCGAGAAUAGUAAAGGGAGGCAUCUCUCAAACACAAUAUGCAGAUCUGACUUUAGACCACUCAACAACGGUUCACUAACCUUUGUGAACCAGGUAACAAAUGGCAAAACAAGAGCAUCUGCACCAGAUGUCACCCUCACUAAUUCCAAUACUAUAUCCUGGUCCUGGAACGCGCUGGUACAACCGAUCUCUAAGAGCAAGCAUAAACCAAUAGCCAUCCACAGUAACACCAUUGUAAUUCAACAGAAAUACAAAAUAGGCCUCCUUCAUCUAAAAACUGCCUUGCAGUCCAUCCCUCCCACGGAGAAUUUGAACGGUCUGACAUCGGAAAUCCAAAGUAAAAUUAAAGAGUCGACAUUCAAAAUCCCCAAGGGCUCCUCCCAUAAUCCAUGGUGGAACAGUGAUCUUAAAACACUAUUUGUAGAGAAAAGGCAAGCUUUGAGAGCCUACCACAGUAAUGCCAAUCAUACUAACUUCAUGUCCUUCUCGGUUGCAAACAAGAAAUGGUUACAAGUGGUGAAGGCGGCUAAGAAAAAAGCCUGGGACGAAAUUUGGGAAGAACUGAGUGUCGAAAAAGACACUAAGGUAUUCUGGAAAAGCAUAAAAAACUUUAAAAAUUUUCAAGAGGAAGAAACCAACAACCGGAAUUGGGACUCUGAAAAUGACCAGAAAUACCUAGACUUUCUAAGCUCAAGCUAUAACAAGCCAAAUCCAAAUAAUUUUACAUCCCACUUACUGCCACCAUCGCUGCAACAAAAUUUUACUCCUGCGGUAUUCGCUCUGGUCCUCAAAAAACGGAAAAAGAACUCCGCACCGGGUAACGACCAAAUUACGUACACGUACAUUCAGUGA